CGUCAAACUCGAAGCAGAGAGUUGCAGUGCCAGUGAGUAAGAGCAACAAGCUAGCUAGCUAGGCGAGAUCGACCGGUCGAUCAGCCACCAUGACGCAGCUGGCGCCUCUUCCCAAGGUGGUGAUGGGUUCGCUGGCAUUCGGCGUCUUCUGGAUGCUGGCGGUGUUUCCCUCGGUGCCGUUCCUGCCGAUCGGGCGCACGGCGGGGGCGCUGCUGGGCGCCGUGCUCAUGAUCGUGUUCCACGUCAUCAGCGCCGACGACGCGUACGCCUCCAUCGACCUCCCGAUCCUGGGCCUGCUCUUCGCCACCAUGGUCGUCGGCGGCUACCUCAAGGGCGCCGGCAUGUUCAAGCACCUGGGCAAGCUGCUGGCGUGGCGGAGCCAGGGCGGCCGCGACCUGCUGUGCCGCGUCUGCGUCGUCACCGCGCUCGCCAGCGCGCUCUUCACCAACGACACCUGCUGCGUCGUGCUCACCGAGUUCGUCCUGGAGCUCGCCGCCGAGCGCAACCUCCCCGCCAAGCCUUUCCUCCUGGCGCUCGCCACCAGCGCCAACAUCGGGUCCAGCGCCACGCCCAUCGGCAACCCGCAGAACCUGGUGAUCGCCUUCAACAGCAAGAUCACCUUCCUGCAGUUCUUCUUCGGCAUCCUGCCGGCCAUGCUCGCCGGGAUGGCCGUCAACACGGUCAUGCUGCUCUGCAUGUACUGGAAGGACCUCGAGGGCGCCGACGACGCAGGGAAGGAGAUGGAGGCCGUCGAGGAGGGGCGGUCUCCGGGCUCGGUGCUGUCGCUCAAGAAUAGCCCCACCGCGACCGCCGCCGCCCACGGCGGUCGUCUGCGUCAGCGCCACGGCGGCCACGACGACGCGGAUGACGACGACGAUCCGGACUCGAUGAUGUCGGAGAACAUCCCGACGAAGCACCGGUGGUUCAUGCAGUGCUCGGAGCACCGGCGUAAGCUGUUCCUCAAGAGCUUCGCGUACGUCGUCACCGUUGGCAUGCUCGUGGCCUACAUGCUCGGCCUCAACAUGUCGUGGACCGCCAUUACCACCGCCAUCGCGCUCGUCGUCGUCGACUUCCGCGACGCCGAGCCGUGCCUCGACAAGGUGUCCUACUCGCUGCUGGUCUUCUUCUCGGGGAUGUUCGUGACGGUGAGCGGGUUCAACAAGACGGGGCUUCCGGGGGCCAUCUGGAACUUCAUGGCGCCCUACGCAAAGGUCAACCACGUCAGCGGCGUCACCGUGCUGUCCCUCAUCAUCCUGCUCCUCUCCAACCUCGCCUCCAACGUGCCAACUGUGCUGCUAAUGGGGGACGAGGUGGCGGCUUCUGCGGCGACCAUCUCUGCGUCGGCGGUGACCCGGUCGUGGCUGCUCCUGGCGUGGGUGAGCACGGUGGCGGGCAACCUGUCGCUCCUGGGGUCGGCGGCGAACCUGAUCGUGUGCGAGCAGGCGCUCCGCGCGCCGCGCAACGCCCACGACCUCAGCUUCUGGAGCCACGUCGUGUUCGGCGUCCCCUCCACGCUCGUCGUCACCGCCAUCGGCAUACCGCUCAUCGGCAAGAUCGCCUUCUAGCUAGCUCACUAGCUUAAUUACAGUAACGUACUGCUACUGUACUACUGUGUACUGAUGAUGGUUACUAGUAGCUGCUAGCGUCGAUAUGUCGUCCAUGGCCGAGGCUUCAGCAACGGCAAACGCCGUCGAUCGUCGUGCCAUGGCGAAUGGUGUGGACGUGUGUGGUCGAUGGGGCAAGCUAGGCAAUCUAAUUAAGCGCCCCUAGCUACAGAGCUACACACUGAUAUGCAUGCAUGCAUGCCUCAACUAGUGUACGAUCUGCAUGUUUUUUUUUCCAAGUCUCAAGCCUCAGCGCUAUAUAUUUGCUGUGUAGCUUUAUUUGUCAUGCUCGAUCUUGGACGACGACUGCCGGCCGUAAGUCAAUCGUUAACACGGCAGCGUUUGUCAGAUGUUAAGAAAGGUGCAAUGCGACAAUUAAGCAGAGCAUGCUGGGCGAAGACAUUUGGCCUU